AUGUUUUGGAUUCAUGGUGGAGGUUUUAUAACGGGCAGUGGAUUGGGAUAUGACGGGUCAUUCCUGGCAAAGAAAGACGUUAUAGUGGUGACCAUAAACUACCGUCUAGGGAUAUUUGGAUUCCUUAGCACAGAAGACGCAAGGAUGCCUAGCAAUUUUGGACUUUGGGAUAUGAUUGAAGCUCUGAAAUGGGUAAAUAAAAACAUAGCAGCAUUUGGAGGCGAUCCUGAAUCAGUUACCGUCUUUGGUGAAUCGGCCGGAGGAUUCGCUGUGUCAUUACUGGCAAUGAUACCACGUACUGAAGGUCUUUUCAAACGUGUCAUCACCCAAAGUGGAUCUGCGUUAGCAUUCAUGAGUAUUUCAAAGAAUCCUGCAAGAUCGGCCAAGAACAUGGGGCAAUUAGUAGGGUGUAUAGCAGACAAAAGCAUCGCCAAUAAUGCACUUGUAAAUUGCCUCAAACAAAAGACAUCCGAGGAAUUGUUGAAAGCUCAGUCAGAUCCAGGAACUCAGUUUUUUGGUAAUUUUUCUCUUUCGCCGGCUAUCUGGCCCGUUAUUGACGGAGAACUGAUUUUGAGAUCUCCCUUGGAUAGUUUGAAUAAUCUAGAUUCCAAGGAAUCUAUCUACUUCAGAUCUUUAGACAUGAUGGCGGGUACAACUAACAACGAAGGAUCAAUUAUGCCAAUGUUUUUGGGGAGACUUCGGGAGUCCAUGGGAUUCAAUAUUACCCAGGACAUACCUACGUCUGUUUUAUGUGACGUUGUCGCACCAACAUUGGCUAAGGAGAUGUUCAAUGAUGACACUUUUGUGUCCGAUUUAAUUUGUAACGAAUAUUCUACUGAUGACAUAGUGCAACAGUCGAGAAACAUUGUUAACUUGUUGGCUGAUUCUUGGUUCAUUUCGCCAACAAUUCAUCUUCUUGAUUUACAUGCCAAGUACAAGACGUCUGCACAUACAUAUCAAUAUUUAUAUACACAGACCCUAAAGUUUUUCUUCCCGGCACCUCAUUAUCCAUGGAUGGAAGGGGCGGGUCAUGCAGCCGAACUAGUGUAUAUGUUUGGUCCGACAGUCCUGAAUGAUAUGGACGAAUCAUUGUUGUCAGAUGAAGGAAAGACAUUUACUGAUGUUCUUCUUACUUACUGGACCAACUUCGCUAAAUCAGGCAAUCCAAACGGAGACGGUCUCGUUACAUGGAAGCAAUUUAGCCUUACAGAUCGAGACUAUUUAGAGUUGAAAUUCCGGCCUGUCCCUGGCCAGAACUUGUACGCGAAGAGGAUAAAGUUCUUGUUACAGGACCUACCAAGCAAUGUCAAGAACUCUGUCAAGGUUGAACUAUAG